GAGCAGGAUCUUUUGUGUGGGAGCCGCGGCAAGGGAGCGAGGGAGGGAAGGGAAGCGGAGGAGAGAGCGCGCUCAAGACACACGGUCGCGCGCGCGCGCGCCUGCCCGCGCGGCCCUGCGAGAGGGGAGAAAGGGGAGGGGGACCGUUAAAACUAAGCCGGCCGUGCGGGCGGGCGCGCGAGACACUAAAAGUCAAUCAAUAGUGGCAGGAGGCAGGCAAGCGGGCGGGCGAAUAGUUUUGCGGGGUGUGUGUGUGUGGAGUGGGAAAUAUAUAUGAAAAACAAGCGGCGAAGGCAGCGGGGGCUGGAGAUAACGUUUUGUGUCCCGCCGGCUGAGGAAACCGCGAGCAGGAGACCCGAAGAACCGCGCCGAAACUCGACUUUACCCGAGAUGGUUUUCUGGAUAGGAGUAGAUCAGCGGCGGAAUUAGUAUCCUGUAUUUCCACAUACGGUCCUGGAGCGCUUGCUCUCUCUGUGUGUUCCUCUUUCCCACAACUCGCUUCAAUGCCUGCACACAAGAAUAAGCCGGCCAGAGGCGUCUUCCAGUCUCAUUCUGUCUGCAGUCUGUAAUAGGCUUGUAACCAGGCAUUGCGGGGGGCAGCAGGGGCAGCUGCUGUUGGUUUUCAUUUCCUCCCCCUUCCCCCAUAAAGAAGUGGACUCUGUCUCCUUUUGACAAUGAUGAAGACUGAAGGCAAAGGAGAGAGGACUUUGAGAAGUGCUUCUCCACACAGAAAUGCCUAUAAAACUGAUUUUCAUGCCAUUAAGAGCAGUUUUGAUUCAGUGAACACAGAUAAUGCUUCAAGCAAAUCAAAUUCUCAGCAAAAGUUACCCGGUUCAUCCAAUGGAGGGGGUAAUGAACCACAUGUUCGUGGGAGAGCUGUCACCUAUGGCAACAGAGUACACAAGAUCAAAAACAUGUUCAUGCAGAUGGGUGGCUCUUCUCCUUCCCCUUGUGAAAACAGCAUACCCUCUGAGCCCAAGAUUGGCACCAAAACACCUUCAAUUGAUCCUGCCCCUUCCUCUCCCAUCAGUCCAUCUUUUCACUGUAUUCAAAAAAAUAACUAUCUCAAUAGUAGCUCUAUACCUUGCAGUGGUUCACAAGAUUCUUUGCUUUCUGGUGUUUUAACUGACAAAAUUAUCCACAGCAAUGAUGAGGGAAAUCUAGACAAAGUUGCCUUAGCAGAGAAGUUUUCUGAGACUAGAAAGCUUUUUGAAAGAAAUACAAAAAAACCCAGAACAGCAGAGAGAUGCACUACCAGCAAAAGUGAAAGGACUGAAGACAAGAGACAUGGCUCUCUCUCUCCUGAUGGUACAAGUGUGAUAGAUCAUUUUAAUUUCAAUAAUGAAGUGAGUCCUCCGGUAACUCCAGGAAAAACAGAAAGUCAAGGAAGCACUGAGGACAAGCUCCAGCAGUCCAGUGGUAGCUACAGAUCUUCUCUAAAUGCUGGACCUAUUUCUAGGCGGCUGGAGAGUUUCUUGACUGACAGUGACAGUGAAGAUCCCAAAGACACUUUCAAAAAUGAAGGUAUUCCAAAGCCUGGCCAGACAGUGUUCUGCAGUUGGGAAUCAUCAAUGGCUAAUGAAGAGCAAAGCUUGAAACAGAAUCAACCUUCUUCAUUAUCUUCUGUUUUCAGCAGCAGUGUUAUUGAAAGGGACCAGCUAAGUAGGGCUGCUGAAGAAACAUCUAAAACAACUUCAGAAAGGGAUCAACAAGAUCCUUACAGUGCUUCUCCCAAAGUGGAUAGAGCUCCCAUAAAAAUCUCUGAGGUGGAAGUUGUUAGAGCAGAACUGAUCUUGGUGCAGAAUGAAAUUCCCAGGGAUGAAAUUGUGGGGGAAGUGAAUGUCCUACAGGAGAAGAAACCACUCAGGUUCCUAACAAGGGAUGCAGAAGGGAAGGGACUUGCGGAAGGAAAUGGCCCAGUGUUUGAGGAAGUGGAGGAACUUUGUGUGUGUAGUGAAGCCAGUGAGAAAGGAGUAAGAGAGAUAGUGGUCCUGGAAGAAGUUCAAACGAGAGAGCAAAGUCAGGUAGAACAAAUAGGGGGUAGUGAGGAAGAGGAGGAAGAACAGCAAAUAGACCAGACAGGGAAUUUUAGUGGAUUCUCUUCCAGUGCUUUUGGUAUCGAAAAUGCAGCUUUUGAUGAUGACAGAGAAACAGAAACAUCUAACCAGGACCUUGAAGGAGAAGAAACUUUGGCAGAGGAAGACUGCAGCUAUGACAGUGAUUAUGAGGAAUUUCCUGGACUUUCGGAGGAAGAUGAGCCUGAUCCACAUAGGAAAGUAAAAUUUUCCACUGACCCAAUCAAGGUUUUCAGUACCUACUCAAAUGAAGAUUAUGAUAGGCGUAAUGAAGAAGUUGACCCUGUGGCAGCAUCGGCAGAGUAUGAACUUGAGAAACGGGUUGAGAAAAUGGAAGUUUUUCCUGUGGAAAUUGAAAAAGGUGACAGUGGCUUAGGUAUCAGUAUCAUUGGAAUGGGUGUUGGUGCAGACCAGGGACUGGAAAAGCUGGGAAUUUUUGUGAAAACAAUAACAGAAGGUGGAGCUGCACAGAAAGACGAUCGAAUCCAAGUGAACGAUCAGAUCAUUGAGGUUGAUGGUACAAGUCUUGUAGGAGUAACCCAGUUUUUUGCAGCAACUGUACUAAAAAACACAAAAGGUACAGUCAGGUUUCUUAUUGGAAGAGAAAAACCCGGAACCCAGAGUGAAGUAGCUCGCCUAAUCAGUGAAACCCUGGAACAGGAGAGAUGUUUAUUGGAGCAGCAGUAUACCAAUGAUGCAGAACAGGAUGAUGAUUAUGACGACGACGACGAUUCUUUUGAAUCACAUCUGCAUGGAAAAUCUGUAGAAGUAUUUUAUCUCCCUGAAAAUGAAGAUAUUAAUCUCCCACUAGACAUGGACUCCACGCAGUUUCUGCUGAAGUUCAAAGAGUUACAACUGAAACAUGCAGUUACAACAGCUGAAGUUAACCAACUUAAGGAAAAGUUAAAAGAAACAGAAGCUGAAAAGAUUGAAUGGGAAUUAAGUAAAUCUCAGCUCCAGGAAACUUUAGAAGAGAACAAAGAAAAAAUGAAGAAGUUGGAGACCUAUUGGUUAGAAGCACAAAGUUUAUGUAAGACGGUAAAUGAGCAUCUGAAGGACACGCAGGAACAAUAUGAUGCCCUGGAAAAAAAAUACAACAAGGCCAAGAAAUUGCUCAAAGAAUAUCAGCAGAAAGAAAUAGAAUUCACGAAAAAAGAAGAGGACCAUAUAAAACUUCUUUAUGAAAAAGACCAGGAACAUACAAAUGAACAGAAAAUAUUGCAGAAAAAGAUUACAGAGCUUGAAGAGAAAUUAAAACUAUAUGAGGGUCUUCCUUACAUGUUUGGAAAUAGCACAGAGACUGCUGGUCCAAGUCUUGGACAUCUGACAGAACAUUUGGAAAUAAAAGAGAAGGUUCAAGACAUUGAGAUUUCAAUGGAGAAACUUGAUUUUUCUGAUUUUGAUGCUUUCCUUGGGGACACACCAAGGUUAGACACCAGUGCGCAUAAAGCAAAAGCUCAGCUUGCCUUGAAAGUGAAACGUCAGCCACCUUCUCGGUCAAAGCGAAAGGAAUCUCUUGGAGCUGAACCAAAAGAUGCCAGUUCACAGGAUGCCGAUGAUGAUUCAGAAGAAAAUGUCCAGAGCAAGUAUUCAGAAGUGACAGAAAAGUUAACUUCGCAGCAGAAUGAUGUGGAGGAAAGGAUUGAAAAAUAUGAGCGUGCUGAAAGCACAGAUAGUUUAUUAGAAUCCAGUCCGUCAGUCUCUGUGCGCUCUUCUCCAGUUUAUAAGCUACACAUGGAAAAUAGUUCUGGAAAUACUCAUUCUCCUUCUGUUGAUGAUUCAACUCGAAGUUCUCCUUCAGGAUACUGCAGAAAUGUUAAGCAAAGGGAAUCAAAGGGCAAAGGCAAAGAUAGCAAAGAUGAGAAAAAGAAUGAAGAGAAGACUGAAUCGAAUGAAAAUGCUUCUACAGGAAAAUCCAAAAGGCGUUUUCCUGAUUUUGGGGGCCUAAGAAAAUCUGGAGGUAAAGGCAAGAAGCAGGAAAAAGAAAAUGCAAGAGGUUCUCUGGACAGCCGAGGCUCCUGUGAAUUACUGGAAGACAACAACUUAUCUGCCUCAGAUUCAGAUUCCCCUCUUCCCACUUGUAUGCCUUUCUCUUGGUUUGGAGACAGCCAUAAAGAGCAUAGUUCUGGUAGCAGUCUGAGUUUUUCUCAAGGUGGGCCUGAUAUUACCUUUGAACACAGCCUAGAGAAGAAUAGGAGCAAGACCUCAGAUGAUGAACCAUUGAGUACAGGCAAACAGAAUCAGUGGCACAGUCGGCCCAUCUCUGAAUGGACAUCACAACAAGUAUGCCAUUGGCUAAUAGGAAUGAACAUGGAACAGUACAUAACGGAGUUUACAGCCAGGAGUGUAGAUGGACAACAGUUAAUGCUGCUCGACAGUGAUAAAUUGAAGGCCCUGGGAGUGUCUAGUCAAAAUGACCGAUCAACAAUAAAGAAGAAAAUUAAAGAAAUCAAAAAAACACAAGAAAAAAUGGAGAAACAAAAAGAAAAGUUUCAAAGGAAAGAGAGAGAAAUUCGAAGAGGCAACAGACCGGUUGCUACUGUGGAAUCAAGCUGCUAAAACUAUUCAAGCUGCCAUUUGCAACUAGAUAACUCUGGUGUGGUCUCAAGGGCUAAACUGGAACUAUGCCAGGGCAGUGCCUCAUUACCUUAAUUUUAUCACAGACUUUACUUCAGCUAGAAGUGUAAUAAUUGUAUAUUACUGUAUAAUUAUGGAUUGGGGGAGAAGAAAAGUGAUAGUUACACAUCCUAGGCUUUUUACCUCCAAUUUCCAUUGUUGUCUCCCAUUUAUAUGAUUCACUAAAUGAAAUAUUUUCAAUUUUUUAUAUUUAGAUCACUUCUUAUACUAAUGAGUAUUAAAUUAACUUUGUCUUAAGAAAGGUGUAAAUAUGUGUUUUGGCUGUUCUAAUUUUCUGAAGUGUGUAUUGAAAGCGAGAUAUACAGUUUAUGAAGAAUAGAAUGUGAUGCAAGUUACAGUAUAAAGUUGGCUGAUAUCUGGUAUAGACACAGUAUCAGGUCAUUAUAUUUUGUUGGAGAUAGUCUGCCAUUAGUUUUGUAUAGAGAAAAAAUUAAGUUUUAAAAAUGAAAUAGGAAAAUUAAUUUAAUCAUAUUUCAAAUUUAAGUUUGUUAAAUCCUGUAUUUUCCAGAGUCCAUUUUAAAAUUCAAAACCUAUUGUAGUUAAUAUAAGUUGCCAUUUGCUUAUUUUCUGGAAUAAGAUAUCACUAAAUUUCUAAAUUCUAAUAUGCUGGAGCAGUAUUUUAAAGCUUAUAGAUCAAUUUUUUACACAUUUUUGUAUGUUAUACAGUUUUAUAGUCCAUUUGAUGAGGAAGAUCAGUUUGUAAUACGAAUAUUUCUCUUUCCUACUCAAGAUAUGUCAGGACAAAAAUAUUCUUUUUCGAAUUUUUAAAUGAUUCUAAGUCUUCCAGGCUUAAAGGUAAGAUAGACUGAGAGGGGGAAGACAUCAGCAGAGCACUGGGUUUCUAUAUUAUGUAUUACUACAUUGUAGGCUACAAAACUGUUCCUCUUUUUAAGUGAAUUGCAUUUUUUCCAGAAUAGUGUAAAACACAUCUGCUUUGGGUUUAUAUGAGAAUCUGUUGUACAAAACGGUAAAACUCUUCCGUAAUACUUAUGAAAAAUUGAAUAAAUUUCAUUCAAAGCACAAAA